AUGGCAACCAUUGACCAGCUCGAUUUAUCCCCCGAGCAUGAACCAACAGCACAUGGCAUUGAAGCAUUCGAGAAAGUUGAACAAGAAAUCAAACAAGCGAUUCUUGCUUCGCGUCGCGAUUGGGACAAGCAUGAACCUAAGAUGUGGUCUCUGGCGCGGGAUACCUCAGACCAAGACCUCGUUGCAUUCACCACCAAGGAUGAUUUGGUCGUCAUACGCAGCGCCGUCACGUCUUAUGGACCUAUCAUUCUGGGAAAGAUACGAAUCAGAGCAAUUCAACUUGAUUCCGCUGGGAACUUAGCCCCCGGCCACAGUGUGGAGAAGGACACCCAUGGCAAGAUCAAAGUUGCCACCAAGCAUGGCAAAAUUGACGACGAUUUAUACGGUUUCAUCUUUGUCCGGAUACACGACCCUCCUGGCGAGGGCGUCGAAAACAUUAAAUUUCACAGUAUCUUCACAGACGAAGGAAAGGACGCCAAAGGAGAACUCAAUGGACUCUAUCGCGCUAUCCAACCAAACUCGAAGCCGCUUGAGUUCUUCAACGAAUAA